GACUACAGGUGCUCACUACCACGCCCGCCUAAUUUUUUUUUUCUUUUUUUUAGUAGAAAUGGGGUUUCACCCUGUUAGCCAGAAUGGUCUUGAUCUCCUGACCAAUGUGUUGGAAUUACAGGCAUGAGCCACCACACCUGGCCAAAAAAUACUAUGUUUAAAAUCCAUUACAGAUAGAUUCUGACCUACUCACUUGGAAAACCAAUUUAAAAAGCAAUUAAAAACAGUAACAGAGAAAAGUCUAUUUUUCAGUUUUCUGUAUUGGGGAACACCUCUAUUUUUCUUGAAUUUACCGUUUAUGUCAGAUUUUGAAUAGUGAGGGUGAAAAUGAUAUAUACAACCAUUUGUUUAAAAACAAGAGCACUGUUUGCUUAUGAGGGCAAAUUUUGGAAGUCUACAAACAUGAUAAUUUCCUUUUUUUAAUUUUUAAUUUUUUGUGGAGACAGAGCCUUGCUAUGUUGCCCAGGCUGGUCUCAAACUCCUGGUCUCAAGUGAUCCUUCUUCCUCAGCCUCCCAAAGUGUUGAAAUCACAGGCAUGUGUUAUCAUGCCCAGCCACAAAUAUGACAGUUUAAUAGCUUUAUCAAUAGUGCAAUUAACAGAUUAAAAGGGGCCUUUUUUCACCUAUAAAACCUUACAAUUUUUUUGCAAUGAACACUUAUUCAAAAUAGUAAAUGUUGGCAAGAUUUUAGAAGAACUGCGCUUUGGGAGGCUGAGGUGGGUGGAUCACUUGAGAUCAGGAGUUUGAGACCAGCCUGGCCAACAUGGUGAAACGCCAUCUCUAUUAAAAAUACAAAAAUUAGCCAGGCGUGGUGGUGGGCAUCUCUAAUCCCAGCUACUCAGAUGGCUAAGGCAGGAGAAUUACUUGUACCUCGGAGGCGGAGGUUGCAGUGAGCCGUGAUUGCGCCAUUGCACUCCAGCCUGGGUGACAGAGCAAGACUCCAUCUCAAAAAAAAAAAAAAAAAUGGAAACUACUUCAAUGGCUUUUUAUAAAAUUAAACAUACACUGACCAUAAGAUCCAGCCACUCCACUGAGAGAAAAUGAAAGCAUAUAUCUAUACAAAGACUUGGACAUUAAUGUUUAUUGAAGCUUUAUUUGUGAUAGCUGAAAACUAGGAACAAUCCAAACAUAUAUCAACAGAUAAAUGAAUAAACCUAUUGGAGGAUAUAUCCAUACAAUGAAAUAUUAUCAUCAACAAACAAGGAAUAAAUUGUUGAUAUAUGUAACAUGGAUGAAAUAAUCAUGGUAAAUAAAAGAAGCUGGACAGAAAAGAGCAUAUACUAUAUGAUUCCAUUUCUAUAAAACUCCAGAAAGGGCAAACAAAUCUGUAUGACAGAAGUAGAUGAGUGGUUUCUAGAGGGCAAGGGGAUCAUCUAAACAUGAGGAAAUUUUAGGGUUGAUGGAUAGGUUCAUUAUCUAGAGUUUGGUGAUGAUUUCUCAGGUAUAUUUUAGAACUCAUUGUAUACUUUAAGUGUAAUGUAUGUCGCUUAUAAAUAUUUAACAGGACAUAGCCAGGGGGAGGUGGAGCAAGAUGACUGAAUAGAAGCCUCCACUAAUCUUGCUCCCUGCAGGAACACCAAAUUGAAUAACUAUCCACACCCAAAAAAGCACCUUCAUAAGAACCAAAAAUCAGGUGAACAAUCACAGUACCAGUUUUAACUUUGUAUCACUGCAGGAGGCAUUGAAAGGGUAAGACAGUCUUGAAUUGACAAACGCUAUCUCUCCCCCAUCUCCCGUGGCAGCCGCCUGGCAAGGAGAGAGAAUUUGUGCUUCUGGGACAGGAAAAGUGCAGUGAUUGUCAGACUUUACAUUGGAACUCAGUGCUGCCCAGUCACAGAACAAAGUUGCACUGGGAAGAACUCACCCAGGGCCCAUGGAGGGAUCAUUUAGACCAGCCCUAGCUAGAGGUAAAUCAUUCAUCCCAGCAGUGGGAACCUGAGUUCCAGUAAGCCUCACCACCAUGGGCUGAAGUGUUCUGAGGUUCUACAUAAACUUGAAAGUCAGUGUAGACCACAAGGAUGGCAAUUACUGGGCAAGUCUUGGUGCUAUGCUGGGCUCAGAGUCAGUGGAUGUGGGGAGAACACAACCUAGUGAGACAUCAGCUGGGACGGCAAAGGGAUUGCUUGCACCACCCCUCCCCCAGCCCCAGGCAGAACAGCUCAAAGCUCAAGGAGAGACUCUUUUCCUCUGUUUGAGUAGAGGAGAGGGAAGAAUAAAGAUGACUUUGUCUUCCAUCUUGGAUACCAGCUCAGCUGCAGUAGGAUAGGGUACCGGGCAGAGUCCUGAGGCCCACAUUCCAGGCCAUAGUUCCAAGCUGACAUUUCUAGCCACACCCUGGGCCAGAAGGGAACUUGCUGCCUUGAAGGGAAGGACCAGUCUUGGCAGGAUUCCUUACCAGCUGACUGAAGAGCCCUUUGGCCCUGAAUAAUAAGAAGUAACCAGGGAGUACUGUUCGUGGGCUUUGGGCCCCAAUGGUUGGAGGAUGCUGGCCCUUUAAUGGGUGAGCAGGAGAGGAGCUGGGACUUUUAAAGCCAGGAGCAGCAAACAGGUCCUGGCUGAGGCUGCUAUGGAUAACUUAAACAGAAAGGACGGCAACAGUCAGGUGGUUUACCUUCCAGAGGCUGGUAGUGCUCUUUCACUGGAGGACACAGCCAAGAAUGAAGUCCAGCAGCCUGCCAAGAUGAAAUGCCUUGAAGGGCCAGGUAAGACCUGUGGCCCUUUGGCUCCUGAGGAGGAGCUGGCGUCUGCUGGCCAAUUGGAAGAAGAAGAAAAUGACGGGGAGGAAGAGGAAAAAGAGGAGGAUCUGGACCCAGAUCUGGCCCCAGACCUGGAGGAGGAAGAGGAGGAAGAGAAUGAUCUUGGGGAUCCAGCUAUACUUGGCAUUGUCCAUAACUCCCAGAGAGUUCUGCUCAGCUCCCCUGGAGUCAAGGCCCCUGGAGUGCUGGGAAUGUCACCUGCCUCCUUGCACAUUCUGCGGCAGACCCUGGACUACCUGUCGCCCAUCCCUUUCUGGCCAACAUUUCCCAGCGCCAGCUCUCCAGCACAGCACUUUGGACCUCGGCUGCCCCCACCAGACCCAUCUCUCUUCUGCAGCCCGCUAACCUCGUGGCCUGCUAGGUUCAGUCAUCUGACCCAGCUCCAUCCUCAGCACCAAAGGAUCUUAGAGCAGCAGCAGCAGCAGCAGCAGCAGCAUAGUCAAACCCCAAGUCCCCCAGCCAAGAAGCCUUGGUCUCAGCAGCCAGAUCCCUAUGCUAACCUCAUGACCAGAAAAGAGAAGGACUGGGUGAUAAAAGUGCAGAUGGUGCAGCUGCAGAGUGCAAAGCCCCACUUGGAUGACUACUACUACCAGGAAUAUUACCAGAAGCUAGAGAAGAAGCAGGCAGAUGAAGAGCUACUUGGACGAAGAAAUGGGGUUGAGUCCCUCAGGCUGGUAACGCCUUACAUUCAGAAGGCAGAGGCUUAUGAGUCAGUGGUCCGAAUCGAGGGUUCCCUUGGCCAGGUAGCUGUGUCGACAUGUUUCAGCCCUCGCCGAGCUAUUGAUGCUGUACCUCAUGGAACUCAAGAGCAGGAUAUAGGAGUUGCAAGCAGUCAGAGGCUUGGGGUAUUAUACCGGAUUGAGAAGAUGUUCCUUCAGUUACUAGAAAUAGAGGAAGGCUGCAAGGAUAGGCCUCCAAAGCCCUGCUUUUCUGAGAACCAAAGCAACCAGGUUGAGAAGCUCUUCCAGACCUUAAAGACCCAGGAGCAGAACAAUGUGGAGGAGGCAGCAGAUGGCUUCCUGCAGGUGCUCUCUGUGAGGAAGGGCAAGGCCCUGGUGGCCCGGCUGCUCCCCUUCCUGCCCCAGGAUCAGGCUGUUGCCAUUCUAUUGGCUAUCACCCACCAUCUGCCCCUCCUGAUCCGGAGGGAUGUGGCUGAUCAGGCCCUACAAGUGUUGUUCAAACCUCUGGGCAAGUGUAUCAGUCACCUGACCCUCCAUGAACUCCUCCAAGGACUUCAGGGACUAAUGCUGUUACCACCUGGCUCCUCAGAGCAGCCAGUCACCGUGGUGCUUCAGAAUCGGUUUGGAAUAUCUUUGCUCUAUGCCCUGCUGAGUCAUGGGGAGCAGCUGGUAUCGCUGGAUUCUUCCGUAGAGGAACCCAACACUGACCAUACAGCUUGGACAGACAUGGUGGUUCUGAUUGCCUGGGAGAUAGCCCAGAUGCCUGCAGCCUCUCUGGCAGAACCCCUGGCUUUUUCCAGCAACCUACUUCCCCUGUUCUGUCAACAUGUGGACAAACAAUUGGUUCAGCAGCUGGAGGCCAGGAUGAAGUUUGCCUGGAUCUACUGAUCUGUUUGUUCUGGAAUACAUAUAUCUUGGAAGUCGAAUCAUCAGACACUGGCUGCAUAGACUAUGUUUACAGGGAUCCAGAGAGUCUGAAGACAUUUCUUACAUCUUUACAUAUUGGAGAACCCGUCCCCAAACAUUUUCAUAUCCUUUCUUCAAGAACCUAAAUGAUGUGCCUAAAAAUAAGACAUGGCAUAGUAAGAUAUAAUAAAAGAGCUAAGAGAAUGA